AUGACCCCAGAUAUCUCUUAUAGUAUAGGAUUAAAAACUGGAAAGGGAGUUUUAGUAUAUAAUAAAGCAGAAAUAGGUGAAGCUAAGAAUAUAAGGCUAGAGCUAAGUGGGGCAGUAAUUGAAAAUAAGAAAGAAAUAAGGCUUUAUCUAUAUAUUUAUUUAAAUUUAUCAAUAAAUUUAUAUAUCUUCAGCUUUAUUAACUGCAGCAUAUAUUUAAUAGUAGUACUAAAUAGCUACUGGUACUUUAAGCCCUUAAAAAACUAUAAAGCUGCCUUGCCAAGGCUAAUAAAAAAUUAUAUUAAACAACUAUAUAUACAGUACAGCUAA